AUGGGUCCCAGCCGGCUUCUCACAAGGCAAACAGCUAACGCUGCGGCGUCUGUCAAGAAAACAUUCGGUCAUCAAACUUCAACCGCAUACAGGACCUUCGCCUCGGUCUCUUCCUCCCCGGUCAGCCCAGCUCGCAAUCACAAGGUUGUCGUCGUCGGUGGCGGGUCAGCCGGCCUCACAAUUAGCCACCAGCUCUUACGCACCGGGAAGUUCUCACAAGAUGACAUCGCCAUCGUCGACCCAGCGGAAUGGCACCACUACCAACCCGGCUGGACACUCGUCGGCGGCGGGCUCAAGGACAAGCACGAACUCAAGCGCCCCCUCCAAUCCCUCGUCGACCCCAAGCUCAAACUCUACCCCGACUUCCUAGCCACCUUCGCCCCCGAGGACAACACCGUCACGCUCGGCAACGGCUCCAAGCUAACCUACGACCAACUGGUCGUCGCACCCGGCAUCAAAGUCGACCUAGCCAACAUCAAGGGCCUGCCGGAGGCGGUGUCCAACACCGAUUCCAACGUGUCGUCCAUUUACACCUUCGACACGGUCGGCAAGGUCUUCCCGACCGUGCAGCGGCUGCGCUCCGGGCAGGCCAUCUUCACGCAGCCGGCGGGGGUGAUCAAGUGCGCGGGGGCGCCACAGAAGGUCAUGUGGCUGGCGCUCGACCACUGGAAGCGCGCGGGGCUGUAUCGGGCGAACGACGACGCCUCACCCGUCAAGAUUGCCUUCGCCACGGGUUUGCCCGUCAUGUUUGGUGUGCCCAAGUACAACGCCGCGCUCGAGGUCCUGCGCCAGGAGCGGGGGGUUGAGGGGUUGUUUGGGCAUGACCUGGUCGAGGUUGAUGGUAACACGGCUGUGUUUGCGCGCCCCGACGGGAAGGAGAAGGUUAGGAGGCCUUUCGACCUGAUGCAUGUCGUCCCCAAGAUGGGCCCGCACGCGUUUGUGAAGAACAGCCCGCUGGCGAACGAGGCCGGGUUUGUGGACGUGGACGAUGCUACGCUGAGGCACAAGAAGUUCGCGAACGUGUGGUCGGCUGGUGAUGCCAGCAGCCUGCCGACGUCCAAGACUGCGGCAGCGGUUACGGCCGAGGCGCCAGUGCUGGUCGGGAAUCUUGUCAGGGCGAUGGAGGGCGGCGAGUCACAGCCGGGGUAUGAUGGGUAUACCUCCUGCCCGCUGCUCACCGAGUAUGGAAAGGUCAUGUUGGCCGAGUUCAAGUACGGCGGCGUGCCUCAGGAGACCUUCAGCAAGGUUGGCUUGGACCAAGCGACACCUAACCGGGCCUUUUACCAUCUCAAGAAGGACUUCUUUCCCUGGGUGUAUUAUAAGUCCAUGGUGAAAGGAACUUGGGGCGGACCGAAGGGGUGGAUCAACUAG